AUGGGCGCCUGCUUCUCCUCUCCGGCGUCCGACGCCGGCGGCCAGCGUCUCGGCGGCGCCGCACCGUCGCACGCGUCACACGGCCAGCGCCUCGGCUCCUCGGCCUCCGCUGCGGCUCCCAGCAGCAGCGCCGCCGCUCCCUCGCGCGAGGCCCUUGCGGCCGCCGCAGAGGCUCGUGCCGCCGAGGCGAGCCGCCGCGGCGCCGGCGGGCGCGCCGGGCCGGGCAAGCUGGGCAAGCAGCUCGACGAGGAGCGCCGCAGGGGCGGCACCGACGCCGCCGAGCGCAAGCCCGACGCCGUCGAGCGCGUCGUGUGGGACUAG